AUGGUGGUGUAUGAAUCGGAGAGGCUGCCGCUGCACGGGACGUCGCCGGUUGUGAAGUUUGAGGUACUGCGCGCUCAGCGGGCCGUACAACCCCCUGCGCCCUCUGUGAAACUGAAGCGAGUUUUCACCAUCGCGAAAGAAGUGUCCAUCGUCACGUCCGCAGUGCACAAAUUCAAGAAAGGCUGCGUUGUCAAGAUCUCUGGCAUCCCAGGCCUGGAAGGCAACACUGUGGUGCAGAGCGCCAAGUCUCCCACUCUCUUCAGGGUCGCCUUGCCCGCUGGUGUGAAGGAGUGCAGCUGGGCCGUGGAUGGGAAGGCCGAUCAGAACUCCGGGCCCCAGCCACAGGCGGAGGAAGUCACUUGCAGGAAAAUCCCGCCUGUCAUGCUGCAUCACAUCAGAUUGUUGGCUGGUAGGGCAGAUCAGGGUGAGUAUUGGAGGAGCAUGCGGCAGGAUGACGUGGCCGAGUUGCCCCAGGCGUUGGACGAUGUGUGUGACCAGGGGCCACCUCGAGCCUUGUAUACUGGUGUUGGUGGUCCACCUUGUCCAGACGGACAUAGGCCCAGGCAUGCAGGCAGGGGUGCAUCAGUUGAUGCUCAACAUUCUGGUGAGGUGUCAUCGGGGAUCACUCUGCCAGAAACAGAGCGCAGCAUGUCCUGGGAAUCGGUGAGGCAGGAGGGCGGUGGUAUGGCAGCCCAGCCUCAGGGACCCCUGCCAACCAUGGCUGCCACUGGAAACAGCCAACUGGGCACUCCAGUGACUUGCAGCAGUGCAUCGUGGUCGAUGGUCAGUGGCCAGGACAGCUCCCCAGCCCCUGCCUCUGAUUCAGAGACACCACCAGCCACGCCCCUUACCUCCAUUGAUGGCACACGUGGUUUUCAGGGCCAUAAUUACCACCCCACGGUUCAGCAGCAUUCUUCCACUGGCCCACAGAGUGGAUCCCACUGGACAGUGUCCAGAGGGCACCAGCCUAUUGGAUAUGAGGCCAAUGCUGGGAUGCCAGAACUGGCGAUCAAGGUGCCUGUGAGAAGACCGCCGAUGGAUCCCAGCGAUGGACGAAGUGCAGGAUUGUCUCCACCUGCUGCCUACUCGGGCUCUGGGGACCAAUGGCCCCAUCCUGCUGGACAGGAUAUGACUGGCAGUGAGCAGGCACAGCACGGCAUGAGGCCAGCGAUGGCGGGCAGUCACAUGCAUGGAGAAGAUGUGAGUGAAAGCGAGCAAUCACAGUAUGAUGCGAGGUCACAGAUGUCACACCAUGAUGGGCGUUCCUCCUGCCCAUCCAGUGCCCCUGGCAACCCUAGCUCUGGUUACCAAGGCCGCCAUUUUGGUGAUGGGACGGAACAGUCGCAGUUCAGACCCAGGCAGGUCGAGAGAUCACUUGUGGAGCUGCAUGGCGAGCCAGGUGCCAGAAUGCCCCCGCCUGCAGCGCACUGGGGCCCUGGAGACCAAUGUCUGCACCCUGGCCAGCAAUAUGUGAGUGAUGCUGAGCAGUCACAAUAUCAGGGUCAGCAGGUCGGACGCGGCAACUUUGCUGUGCAUGCAUAUGACAGCAGCAGCCCCGAUCUCCAGCAACCUUGGCAACAGCCGCCAUCGCAUCCAAGGGUGCCAGUCUCUCCGGCUGUCACCCCCUCAAACACGCCAACACCCACUUCAAGCUUUGGGGAGCAGUUCAACUCCUGUGCGGCCACCGCUGGCGCAGCAAUCCCAUUCAUGCAAAAGCUGCGUAUGGCGCAAGAGUUUUCUAAACCCGUUGAAGAUGCUGCAAAGCAGGCAUGCUCUCAGGUCUUUGAUGAUAACUCACCUCUGCAGGCGCAAAUCUGUCUUCAGAUUAAUGCGGUCGUGCUUGAGUGCAUUGUCUUAGAGGGUGACGCUGGGGUGCUGUCCGCUCAUGAGCUGCGACAUGCUGCCCACAAGACAGUGCAGUAUGUGGAGCCUGAGGAAGAUAGAUGUGCUCUGUUGGCAAGACUGUCCGAGGCACUGUUUUGUGUGGCCAGGAGCUACAGAGUCCCAUUGGCCACUGAGAAGCUGGAGAUCGUUGAGACCAUGGAGGAAGGUCCUCGGAUGCUCUCUCAAGAGGAAUUCCUUGCGAUGCCUAAAGACCAGGCAGCAGAGUAUGUGGCAUCUGAGGUGGAUGAUCCUGCCCGUCACCAGCUUCUGGUAAAUCUGGCAGAGAGAAGCAUGGGGCGCCAGAGGUUUUACAGGACUCUCUUGAAUGUUCUGGGGGUUACUAAGAUGUGGGAAGUGCUGGAGGAUGUGCGCCAGGCAUGCGAUGCCAAUGACAGUGAUGCCUGUGCUCCGCAAUCUUCCCUUGUCGCAAUUCCACCAGUGCCACCCCCAGCAGUGGCACCCAGUGUCUUGGCUGAAACACAGGAUAAUGAGUUCUCUGGGCCAACACCUGGACAAGGCCAGAGGCCCAUGUUUCAAAGUGGUUUGGCGACUGGGAAUGUUUCUGGCCGCACAAUUGGAAGGGGGCCUGCAGUACAAUCUGCCAGACAGCCAGAAUGCUGCAGUGAGAGGAGGGAUAGCAUUGUGGGGACCUGUCAUGUUCAGCCAUUCAGUCAAGCAACCGCAGGCAAUAUCGGGCUUGGCCGCUGCACCUUGGACAGUGACCCUGUUCAGACCUCAGUGCCAGCAGCAAGAAAGGUCAAGGGCCUUGAGCCACUUAGAGCUUAUCAGAGGCAAUGCAUUGAACUGAUCAACCAAGGAGAUCACAACUACAUUGUGAUCGCACCCACAGGCAGCGGGAAAACCCGGAUUUGCAUAGAGGCAGCGAAGUACAGAUAUGGCCAGGAGCCAUCGGCAAGGAUCGUAUUCAUUGUACCAAAGGUGGCACUCACAAAACAGCAGGCAGACGAGUUCGUCACAUAUGGAUUCAAAAGGGAGCUUGUCAGCCAUUUCUCUUCAGAGAACAAGAAGUUCACAAGGGAGGCCCUCAAGAAGUACGUGGUCAUAGUUAUGACAGCGCAGCUGUUGGUCAACUCUCUGGAUGACAACCUGAUUUCAAUGGACGACAUACGCAUGUUGAUAUUAGAUGAAUGCCACUGGGCUCGGGGAGAUCACCCCUACAAUAAGCUUGCAACUUUCUGUCGAGAUGCAAGAGAUGAAGAAAGAGAGGAGGACGAUCCGCUGCCCAGCAGAGCAACUCGUGUUAUUAAGACACAGAUCAUUGGCUGUACAGCCUCACCCACAGUGGGCUCUGACACGGCAGCUGCCAGCAGCAACCUCUGCCGCUUGCUGGAAGCACUGGAUGUCAAGACUGGACUCUGGAUACCAGAUGACAAUGUAGAGAUAGCACAGUUAGUCCCAAAAGCACAGGAGGUUUACACAGCUGUGAAGCGCAGGGACGCUGAUGGCAAGUGGGGCAAAUAUCUUGGAGAGCUCAUGCAAGACUUGCUGAGAAAGGCUCAUGAAGGAAGGGCAAUAUAUAACACACCUUUGGGCGACCUAGACAUCGAGUCCAUUCUCCGAAGCUCGAAGCUCACUAGUGGCUUUGCAUCCUCUACGCUGGCAGACAAGCUGGCCUUGGUGCAGCAAAGGAUUGACAAGUCUGCAGUUCUUGAAAUGCAGAAGGCUGACUUCAAGGAAUGGCUGGGUCUCUUGGAAAGGAUGAACAGCGCUUUGGACCUGGUGCAUGACGUUGGUCGUGAAAGCACUUACGACUAUGUCAACGACUAUAUCAGUAAAAGGCAAGAAUCCCUGAAGCAGCAAUUUCCUAACCUUUUUGAUGGCCAGCGCAUCUGUAACUUCAAGAAUCUUGCAAGGUGUUUUCAAAACCACCCACCCAUAAUGAUGACCCGUCAGGGUCAGGCACCACUUGCGAUCGAGGCACGGAGCUUUCCACGCUUCGCUGCCCUGGUGGACAUAAUACAUGAACAUUCAAAGGGUGUGAAAGACUUCCACGGCAUCGUCUUUGUCCGAACCAGGGCGGGGGUUGCACAGCUCUGUGAAAUGCUGAAGAGCAUGCCCCAGCUGGAGGCUUUGGACAUAUUGAUGCUGGUUGGCCACGGCAAGGGCAAAAAGAUGCAAAUCGGUAUGGAGGAAGGGAACAAGAUAUUGAGGGGAAUGACUUCCACAGCCCAGGAUGACGUACUGAAGAGAUUCCGGGCUACCGGGGAAUGUCUGCUGUUGGCAACCAGCGCAGCGGAGGAGGGAAUAGAUGUGGCGAGCUGUGAGCUGGUGGUUCGCUACACGGUCUCUCAGACUGGUACUGAGAGGGUGCAGUCCAGGGGCAGAGCCAGAAAACAGGGGGCCAGAUUCUAUAAUAUUGUGGAGGAAGGGUCUCCAGAGCACAUUCAGUACAAGAGAUCAAGGAAGGAGGAGGGCCUCAUGAACGAAGUCUUGAAAGCACAAGAAAACAUUCACAGAAUCGAUGGCCCUGCUAGUCUGGCCGACUGUAGGGUUGGUGGUGUUGCUUACUGA